UCUAUGGUAGGUUCUCCGGCGGCGGCGGCCUUCCGUGCGGUGUGUCUAUGGUUCCCGCGCGGUGCCUUGUGGGCACUCGGCGGGAUUAUGGUGGUGGUGUAGGGCCUGGUUGCGCAGGGCGGGCGGGUGCCGCGGUUUAAAAUGACCACAGCAGCAAGGCCAACAUUUGAACCUGCAAGAGGAGGAAGAGGAAAAGGAGAAGGAGACUUAAGUCAGCUAUCCAAACAAUAUUCCAGUAGAGAUCUUCCUUCUCAUACUAAAAUCAAAUAUAGACAGGCCACUCAGGAUGCUCCUGAAGAGGUCCGUAACCGUGAUUUCAGAAGGGAGCUGGAGGAGAGAGAACGGGUUGCUGCAAGAGAAAAGAACAGAGAUAGACCAACCAGAGAACACACAACAUCGUCCUCUGUGUCUAAGAAACCUCGGCUAGACCAAAUUCCUGCAGCAAAUCUUGAUGCUGAUGAUCCACUUACAGAUGAAGAUGACGAAGAUGAAGACCUGGAGGACAGUGAUGAUGAUGACACUGCAGCGCUUCUGGCUGAACUAGAAAAAAUCAAGAAAGAGCGAGCUGAGGAACAGGCUCGAAAGGAACAAGAGCAAAAGGCUGAAGAAGAAAGGAUUCGAAUGGAGAACAUUCUGAGUGGCAACCCAUUACUGAACCUUACCGGCCCAGCACAGCCUCAAGCGAACUUCAAAGUGAAGAGGAGAUGGGAUGAUGAUGUUGUCUUCAAGAACUGUGCCAAGGGAAUAGAUGAAACAAAAAAGGACAAAAGAUUCGUAAAUGAUACUCUGCGAUCAGAAUUUCACAAAAAGUUCAUGGAAAAAUAUAUCAAGUAGUACAGUUUUAUGUGCUUUGGUGCUGAAGGACUUGGAAGGUCAUGGUUGUUUCCUCCCUCUCCCUCAGAAUUCAUGGCUGAAUACUUUAGUCAUGAAUUCCCAAAUGCUUUUCCAAGAUCAUCAACAGCUUCAUAAUUAAUAGUUGCUGUGUAUCUGAAGUAUUUUAUUCUUUCAAUAUGCUUUCCUUUUUGAUUUUAAUUAAACCUCUGUGUUUCAUGAAUGUUUUUUUGUUGAUACCCAUUUGCUUUUUACAGCCUUCAUGUAAAUGGUAGAAGAGAGAAUCUGGUUUGCAAUAAAUACUUCCAGCUGUUUAAAUUGUUUUCCAAAACAAUCUGUAUUUGUAAUGAUGGUGGUUUGUAACUUGUGCAAAUUAUAUAAGUGUCAGUAUUAUCAAAGAUAGGGAAUAGCUGAGUAUGAUCAGCAGUAUGACCUGAGAAGACCUGUAGUUUCUGUGUCAAACUGGACUUGCCUGCUUUUUUAUAGCUAGUUGAAAACUUAGUUAAUACUCUUCCUCUCUAGUUGCUUCUUAUUAGCAACUAAGCUAUGGUUUGAUGGGAUAUCUCCAAAAUAGCCCAACUUUCUGGAGUUCUUGCCUGAGUGCUUCUGAGGGGAUACAGUGUAAUGUUUGGGAAAGCACUGAAUGGGGAGGGAGUAUUUGUCUCUGGAACCUUGGGUUUUCUUCCUCUUUGAUAAAUGAUUCUAGUGCUGAUCCUUCAGUCACAACCACGUGGCUGUAAGGCUCAAUCUGUUUCUAUCUGGUUCAGGGGUAGUACCAUUGCUGGAAACUUGAAGUCUGCUCAUGAGUGUUUUUAUUAAAUGAAUUCUCUAAUCAAGAUACUGUACUACACUUCAGUUUUCUUUUAAAAUGUCCAUUUUAACAUAUAAUAGGACAAUAUAAAAUAUGAACAGUUGAAAAACA